AUGUCUUCGUGUGCCAUCAUCUCAAACCCAGUUCGUACCGUAAAGAUCUUGAAGAGAAGAAGUCCUUACAGUGGUCUGUUUGGUUGGAACUCCGGUGAGAAACCAGACAAUCUCCGACUGCCACAGAAACUGGUCUACCACGACGACGUCGAAGUUCCUUUCUCUCUUUCGUUGGUAAACAAAACCUUCCUAAAGGGAAAAGAAUUAAAAUGUUGCUACAAGGCAAGCAUCGAUGGGUUUAGCGCAACAAAGUUCCAUGAACUUUGUGAUUUCAAAGGUCCAUGUGUUAUCAUAGCUUACACCAAAGACAUGUCUUUCAAGUUUGGUGGAUUUAGCUCUGAAGGCUAUAGAAGCACUGAUGAUUAUUAUGAUACAUUCGACGCUUUUCUCUUCUACUGGCUCGACGAGAGCGAUGAACCAGUCGUCCUUCCUAAGGUUGGAGGUAGUGGAGCGGCUCUGUUUGAUUAUGCACGGGGAGGGCCUCAGUUUGGAGCUGACGGGCUUCUUAUUGGACCACCUUUAGCUCCAGUGAUGGGCGGAUUUGCUGGUCCGGAUACGAACUCAGGGAUUGGUGACUUGAGGAUGGCUAAGUCUAGAUUGGGCUUGUCAUAUGCUAAGAGAAAAGAUGGGAAAGAAUCUAUCUUUGGAGAUGAAACUAAGGUUAAUCUUGACGAUGUCUUGGUCUUUUGUAGCCCUUACAUUGCGUCUUUGUAUUAG